AUCAGCUGCAUCACAGGUGCUCCGCUCCAGCUCAACAACAAAGAGUCUUUGUUCCCUGAAAAACUCUGAGAAGAUUCUGCAAACAUGUCGAUGGGUUUGGAGAUUGUGGGCAUUGCCCUGGGAUUCCUGGGGCUGAUUCUUGCGAUGGUGACGUGUGCUCUCCCAAUGUGGAGGGUGUCAGCCUUCAUCGGUGCCAACAUCAUCACUUCUCAGAUCAUCUGGGAGGGCUUGUGGAUGAACUGCGUCACCCAGAGCACAGGUCAGAUGCAGUGCAAGAUGUAUGACUCCAUGCUAGCUUUGUCUCAGGACCUCCAGGCCUCCAGAGCGUUGACGAUCAUCGCCAUCAUUCUCGGAGUGCUGGGAGUCAUGAUCUCCAUCGUCGGAGCCAAGUGCACCAACUGCAUCGAAGACGAGGUGGGAAAGGCCAAAGUGAUGAUCAUCUCUGGGAUUUUCUUUGUUCUCGCUGGCAUUUUGGUGCUGGUCCCGGUGUCUUGGUCUGCCCACGUAAUCAUCCUGGAAUUCUAUAACCCCAUGUUGGUCGACUCUCAGAAAAGAGAGAUUGGGGCUUCGCUCUACAUUGGUUGGGGUUCAGCCGCCCUGUGCCUGAUUGGAGGGGCCAUGCUGUGCAGCCGCUGUCCGCCCAAAGACAAUUACAAGGCACCUCGGAUGGCGUACUCUGCCCCACGCAGCAUCAGUGCUGGAGGGUACGACAAAAAAGAUUACGUCUGAACUGCCAGGACCUGUCCGGGAAACUGUUAGUUAUAGUUCUGUGUUGUGUGGAUGUGUUCAGCUGUCUAAAAAUCACAGGGCGAGCCCCUCUAAAGACUCCGACAUGAAGAUUUUGUACUGAUAUUGAUCUUUCUCCCGUCCUUUUGGACAAAAUGUUAAUUUACAUCCUUUUGGUUUAUUGAUUAGAAUAGGAGCCUGUUUUUCUGCUAAAUAUCGUUCUGGGUAAAAAUAUUCACUACUCUGUCUGAUGCUCUAAAACAGACAUUCACACCUGUUCCCUGCUUGUGAAGGAGAUCACCGGCGGCGCAGUGUCGUGUUACACUGAAACUUGCUGUUUAAACAUUGUGUGUCAUGUCUCCGACAGUGACAAGGAAGAGCUGGUUCUCGUUUUACAUGGAUUUGUUUGCGUGAUUGUUCCUUGUGCGCGUCUGUGUGCUUUUUGCAUGUGAUAUUUGCUUAAGAGGGUUUCAGCCGAGACUGAAACCAAAAAUGGAUCACUGAUAUUCAUUUUAUCAGUGUUUUUAGUUUCAUCGUGCUUAAAAAAAAUCUAUUUUCUAUUUCUUUUUUUCUUUUUUUAAGAUUUCACUGUAACAUUGCAACUUGUAUUUUGAAUUUAGUCUUAUUUACACAGGUCAAAUAAACAUUUCUUGAGUU